GAUGUCUAUAUAGAAAUGUCACAAACACAGGGGUUCGCGCCUGAGAAGGCGCAAGAAUUCAAUACUCGCGCUGCCCAAAACGACAAACGAAUUCAGGGCAAAGAACCAAACCAGAAUGACUCAGAUAAAGCCGGUGAGAAAGCAAAGACUGAAGACAAGUCGGAGGUGAGCCUCCGUCAAAAUGCUGACAGCAAAAAUCCGUUCUCACCAAACUUUUAUAGAGGAAGAACGACCGGCCACUUCGAAAUGGGACCACGUGGCUUGGAUUAUUCUCCUCACAGAAUGGGCCUGGAGUUUUCCAAUCGUCUCCGCGAAUACGGGCCGCAGAGGUCAUCGUCUAUUCAUGGGCACGAGUUGACCGAUGGUCCGCAGAUGAAACCAGAAUAUUUGGGACACAGGAGCCAUUUCGGCAGCCAGAUAGUCCCGGGCGGCAUUCACCCAGAUGUGGUGUACAGGCAGGAAUACUACGGACAAGUGGGGUUCCCUCCGUCGCGAACGUCGCGGUUCUCGUCGCAGGAGUAUUUGAAUGCGCCCGCGCAGUACGGCCGGUGGCCGGACUACAGAGCGGAGUAUCGACAGCGUCGCCGGUCGCAACAGGACUUACAUUCGCUCGGUCAUAGCCCUGAGUCAGUGACAGCCCUACGCGAGCACUGGGACGAGGCGAACGCGCGCGUGCUGCAGCGGAAAGCGCAGCUGGACGCGAUGCUGGGCGACUCGCAGCGGUACGAGGCGCGGCGGCGCGACGCGGACGCGUGGCUCACGCGCAUGGAGACGCGGCUGGCGGCCAUGACGCCGCCCGGACACACCGCCGAUGUGUUGGAGAUGCAGCUGAGGGAACAGAAGUCAUUCCACGCCGAGGUCCACCAAUACAAGCAUCAGAUCGAGCUGUUCGGCCAGCUGACUCAGCGACUGAUCGCAGUCUACCGCAAUGAUGACACCACACGCAUCAAACGAGCUACUGAGGCCAUCAACCAUAGAUAUAGUGAACUUAACAACAGCAUCAUAGCCCGCGGUAAAGCGCUGCACUCAGCGGUAUCGUCGCUGCAGAACUUCGAUCGUUCGCUUGAGAAAUUCGUCGCGUGGCUGAGCGAAGCGGAGUCGCUGCUGGAUGCUGCGGAACGGGAUCCACAUCUACUCAAGGAUCUCCAAUCGGAGAUAGAAACGCAUCGCGAUGUCUACGCCUCCCUCACGGGAACAGGGCGGAGGCUGCUCGGCUCGCUGUCCUCACAAGAGGAUGCUGUCAUGCUGCAGCGGAGGCUGGAUGAGAUGAACCAGCGAUGGCACCAUCUGAAGGCUAAGAGUAUGGCUAUAAGCGAGCAACUUGUGGUUCGCCUGAUGGAUGACCACCGCGCAUUCCGCAGACAACUGGAGGAUAAGAGGCCGGUGGUGGAAAGCAACCUCCUCAGCGGUAGGCAGUACGUGGCGAACGAGCCGCCUCUCUCUGAUACUAGCGAUACCGAACCGAGUCGAGAAAGCGAAGGUGACUCCCGAGGUUACCGCUCCGCGGAGGAGCAGGCCCGCGAGCUGGCCCGCUCGAUCCGCCGCGAGGUGGCUAAGCUGGCUGACAAGUGGAAUACUUUGGUGGAUAGAAGCGACGCGUGGGGACGGUGCUUGGAUGACGCUGUACAGCGCGUCCGCCAAUUCACGACAUCGCUCGAUGAGCUAGCGUCCCGCGUCCAAGCCGCUGAGGCGGCUAGGGCGACAUGGAGGGCGCCGGGCGACGCACGGGACGCGAGGGCGCAGCUGGACGCCGUGUCGCGGGCGCGGGCGCAGAUACCGCCGCUCAGGCGACAGGUGGACGAGCUGAGGGCGCAGGCGCAGGCGCUUGCGAGGGAUAACGUGCAACUGCCUGAACAGCUUGUUGGCAGAUUGGACGAUUUGAACACGAGGGUAUCAGCCUUAACCUCCGGGGGGGAGGAACGUGCACGGCAGCUAGCCGGGGUCGCCCGGGACGGUGGCGCGGGCGCAGCGCAGGGCUUCCUUGCCGGCUCCGUGCGACCGCCCUGGGAGCGAGCGGUCACCCCGGCCAACGUACCUUAUUAUAUUAACCAUGAACUAGAAACGACUCAUUGGGAUCAUCCCAAAAUGAUAGAACUAAUGAACUCGCUUGCGGAUCUCAACGAGGUCCGAUUCUCGGCGUACAGGACAGCACUUAAAUUAAGAACUGUGCAGAAAGCUUUGUGCAUGCAUAUGCUGCAACUGCCCGCGGCGCUGGAAGCGUUCGACUCGCACGGGCUGCGCGCGCAGAACGACCGCCUCAUCGACAUCCCUGAUAUGAUCACCGUGCUCACUUCCUUGUAUGAGGUGAUAGCAGCAGAGAACCCGAGUCUGGUGAACGUGCCUCUAUGCCUGGAUCUGUCCAUCAACUGGUUGUUGAACGUGUACGACAGCCAGCGCACCGGACAGAUUCGCGUGCUCAGCUUCAAGGUCGGCCUCGUGCUGCUCGCCAAGGGACACCUGGAGGAGAAGUAUCGGUAUUUAUUCCGUUUAAUAGCAGACCCAUCGUGUCGUGCCGAUCAAAGGAAAUUAGGACUCUUGUUACAUGACUGCAUACAGGUACCACGACAACUAGGAGAAGUGGCAGCUUUCGGAGGGUCGAAUAUCGAGCCCUCUGUGAGGAGCUGCUUCGAGCAAGCCUCUGUUGCAGCCAAGGAGGGCAAUAAGGGCAGCACCCUUGAUAGGAAGACUGUGGACAAAGACAAGGAGAAGGAGAAAGAGAGUCAAGAGAAGGAGAGGACGUUAGAGCGUGACGCGGACGGCCAGGUGCAGCACAUCGAAGCGUUCCACUUCCUGCAGUGGCUGCAGAAGGAACCGCAGUCCAUGGUGUGGCUGCCAGUACUGCAUCGCCUCGCUGCUGCAGAGACGGCGAAACACCAGGCCAAGUGCAAUAUUUGCAAGGAGUACCCGAUUGUGGGCUUCAGAUACCGAUGUCUCAAAUGUUUCAACUUCGAUAUGUGCCAGAAGUGCUUCUUUAGCGGCAGGAAGGCCAAGAACCAUAAGCUCACCCAUCCCAUGCAAGAAUACUGUACUGCGACCACCUCAGGAGAGGACGUACGUGACUUCACCCGAGCUCUGCGCAAUAAAUUUAAGUCUGCAAGAUAUUUCAAGAAACAUCCCAGAGUUGGAUACCUCCCUGUUCAAACUGUGCUGGAAGGUGACGCGCUGGAGUCCCCCGCCCCGUCCCCGCAGCACGGCGCGGGCGCGGGCGGCGCGGGCGGCGCGGACGACAUGCACUCGCGCCUCGAGCUGUACGCCACGCGCCUCGCGCAGGUCGAGCUCGGCGCGCGGCCCGCCGACACGCCUGAUAGCGACGAGGAGCACCAGCUGAUCGCGCAGUACUGCGCGUCGCUGAACGGUGGCGCCGACGGGGAGGACGCGCCGCGCUCGCCCGUACAGGUCGUCUCCAUCAUACACCGCGAGCAGCGACACGAGCUUGAAGCUAUGAUCAGGGAACUGGAAGAAGAAAACGCAAGUCUGCAAGCCGAGUAUGAGCGCUUGAAGGCCAAGCAAACCCCGGGGUCCACUCCGGAGGAGCAGUUAGCUGUCAACGAGAACAGAAAUGCACCUGUUGAUCAGGACAUGAUGGCCGAAGCUCGCCUGCUCCGUCAACACAAAGGACGACUGGAGGCCCGCAUGCAGAUCCUUGAGGAACACAAUAGGCAACUCGAAGCGCAGCUGCAAAGACUUAGACGUUUGCUAGACGAGCCAACACAAGGCUCUCCGGCCGGGCGCACGGGCACGCUUCAGACCCGUUCCGUGACUGCGUCUCAACUGGCUACGGAUUCUCCCGCCAAAAUGCACAAUGGCCUUUACCAUGAUGGACAUACUAAUGAUCUCGGUAAAGCGGUAGAAGAGCUAGUGUCAGUUAUGACGGAGGAUCAGCAAAACCCCAACGCACCCCCGCAGUACACCAACGGGAAACCAGAGGAAAACCAUAAAUAAUAGACCUAUUAUUUACCGUCAAAUAGCAAUAUAAAACCAUCGACAAUUCUCGCAACUCGCUAUGGUGCUCGCUAAAGUUGCCAGCGUGGCACGGUUUCCCAUUUACAGCUCUGGCAACGCUAUUGCAUCUUGGACCAAAGAUAAUUACAGUUCUCUUUUAUAUUUACCACAGUUCCUACUAAUUUUCGACUCAUCACUAACAAUGCCUGCACAAACUGAACCUUUACACCUUAUUAUACAAAAGCUAAUCUCAUUACCAUUCCACUAAUCGAACCGAGCUUUCCAAACACUAAGCUUUCGGGGCACGGGAAUUUGAUCCUUAACGGAUCGGUCGCGAGUCAAUCAGGCGCUUCCUGAUUAUUUGUCGAUAGCUAGGGUUCGUAGAGACGAUAAUCGUAUGCAACGCUUAUUGUAUAAAUAAGGGCAUCCCGUUGUUGCAGUACGUAUCGUGAUUGAGUCACUUUUCUUUCCUCACUCCCGUUUAUUUCCCUUCGAUAACCUCUUUCCUAUCAACAGCGGUGCCAGAGCGAAUGUAAACAACGAAAAAGACAUUUGUAUUGAGCAUUUAUACUUUUAAAAAUUGUACCAAAUUUUUCAUAACUUGUUAAAAAACAUUUAUCGUUUAAGUACAUAUCUAGUAGUACAAUCUUCAUUGUAUAAUCAUAUCACUUCUUGUAAAUUGUCAUAUCAUUUUUUGCUGUGUAAACACCGGCGCAUAUAUAUUAUAAUUGUGUAAACACGUAAAACGGAACGCAUUCGACAUCGAUUUUGGCGCGAAUCUUUUACGUCGCUAUUUCGACUAAAAGAGCUGCUAAGCUUUAAUAUAAUCACAAUUUUAGCUUUAAAUAACCAGUUUUGAGACAUUUUAAACGCAGACCGGUAAAGGUGAUACCGCUCAAGAGGGCCUAUGUUAUAGUGGAAAGUGUAUUGUUAAAGUUAGUAAACCGUUAUCAACGUACAAUAUUAUGCCACCACAGAGCGGCCGUAGUUAAUGAAUUCGUUAAAAGUUUUCGCAGUAGUUAUAGAUGUAGCCAAAUGAAUAUGAAGCAUGUUGUUUAAGCGCAUAUUAUUGUGUAUGUUAUCAUAUAUCGAGUUAUCGAAAAAAUAUGUAUCGUUAGAUGAUGAAAUAUUAAUAAUCCAGCUUCUAUAAAUUAGAGGAUUUCUUUCACCCGUCGCGAUCUGAACAGUAGAACUCUUCUUAGAGACUAUGAACGUGUAACCCACAUACUUCACUAUUACAAUGGCACGACUUUCCUUCCUAGUGUUAUUGGAUGGCGACUCUCGCCCGUUCGUGUUUCGGACGUUUUAUAACGUGUGUCUAUAUUUAAGAUGACGCCUACCUUUUUAGAUAAGAUUAUAUUGGAGAGAUGACUUUUAUACGAAUGUUAAGUGACUGUUAAAACUAAUUUUACAAUAAGGACUUCCGAUUUUACCAUAUCACGAUUAUUGUUUGUGGAAUUUUUCGUAAAUAUUGCGUAAUGGUCGUAAUGAAAUGAAUUCUUACGAAUUGUAAAUCCUUUUAUGAUUAAUCAGAAUUACAUAUAGUGGUGUUUACAAAAUUGUAUCCUUUGUACCGCCGCCAUUUGUAUUAUGCCAAUAAUUAUCAUUUAUCGAUGCCGUGAGGCAGCUUUUUAUUUAAACUGGCAACUAUGAAAUUUCCGUUCCAUUUUACGAAGGUUUAGUAAUUUAAUUUGGCUAACAUAGAUUUUAAGAGAACGAAAAGCACAAUUUAUUAUUACUUAACAAACGAAAAAUAUUAAAUGUACACUAAUAUAUUGUUAAUAAUUUUAUUAUAUUUGUUUAACAUAAAGGAUGAUUAGUAUCCUAUUUCGUUAUGAGAAAAAUUUAACUCUUUGGCAAUUAUAUAAAGUACUACUACUUUCGCAUUUAUUUGUAUAUUUUACUGUGUUUAUAAUGUUUUAGAUGUUAAAUCCAAAUAAACAUUCUGCAUAGUGAA